AUGGCGAAAGCUGAAGAAAACAUCAACAUUCACGACUGUCUUACAUUUAUUUCAGGUUCAGUGUGUUAUAUCUGUUUUGCUGUGGCUGUGGUUGGUCAGGCACUGACUCCGUCCACAUUUCUGACCACUGUGGACAGAGAGAGAUUGAGGUCUGUGUUUGAAUCAGCACAACCAUACACUGAUGCUGCCAAUGCACAUUAUUCCAUCUUGGGUCUUAAACUGCUUGGAGCAACAAUUCCCAAGGAGCAGGAGGUAUGCAGAUCUGUAACCUCAUCUGUAGAGGCCAACAGUGUAGCAUCCUGGUUCCACGCCUCCUCAGCAGCCAAAGCUUUGUCUGGAUGUAAACUUUCCCCAGGAAAUGCUGAAAAACUUCUCACCGCUGCAGUAGCUGAGGACAGCAGUGUUGCUGAUAUCUAUUAUGCUUACUUCGCAUUGAAAAAUCUAGGUCUUGCAGUUGAUGGAAAGAAAGUCUUGGCAGCUCUCACAGAGGCUUUAAAGAAAGACGAUUCUCCAUUGAGUCAUAGCUAUGCAUUCCGUGUGGCCACAGAGCUCAAUACAGAUCUCAACAAAUAUUUUGAUUUGAUAGAAGAUGUUGUCGCCCAAGCUGAUGAGGUUGAUGACAAAUAUCUGCAGUUUGAAGGUGGACUAUUUGUCUCUGCAUCAGUUGUAGAUAGCUCAUAUAAACUAGCAGGAAAAGUUGGCAAAGCUCCAACUAUAUCUCAGGAUAAAGUAUUGAAGUUUGCUAAUUACUUUAUGAGCCGUAAGCAUGUACAUCAGCUGAAAUCCGCAUACGCUCUUCUCUCUGCCGUCAACACACUCACUGAUAACAAGUUCCAUGUGCCAGUAGCUGUAACUCUUGAUAGCCAGGUGUCAGUAACUUCAACGAAGCCAUCAGUUCAGGUUAGAGUAACCAACUUAAUGGGAGGCAGUCUAGGUAAACUAACAGUUACUGCUGAUAGUGCUAAGAAUAUGGGAGACCAGUCUGUUGUUGUUAACAAGAAACAAUUCAAGGCCACAAAAGAAGAAUCCCUGUAUGAGAUGGACUUCAUGGCAAAUAAACCCUCCAGUGGCUUCUAUAAGGUAACUAUUAGUGUAGAGGCCCAGAAAGCUGACAGUAGGCUCAUUGGUACAUCAGGGGCAUCGGUCACUGUCAAGGUCACUACUCAGAUAGCUGUGGAAAGUGUCGAGAUUGGUGUCGCUGAUAAGGAUCAAGGUUCAGCUCCUAAACCAUCCAGAAUUCAGUAUCCAGAGAAGGUAAAGACCACUCUCGAAGCGGACUUCCAUCAGAAGUUGAUCAUGAAAUUUACAUUGAAGGACAAAUCAUCUGGCAAAGCUUUCGCUGCUCAUCAAACAUUUGUCAAACUUACAAACUUGGAAUCCAAACAAGAAAUAAUCUUUGUAGCCGAGGCAGAUUCUAGCAAUGUGAAUAAGUUUGAUCUG